CCUCCCCCUCUCAGCCGGCAGCACAUUCCGCCGCCGUUGCCGCCGCCCGGCUCCGCAGUUGUCUUCGCCGGAGCUGCUGUCGCGCUGGGGUUAGGGCCGGGGGGGGGACGGGCGGGGAGAGGAGAAGGCCGCGGCGGAGGCAGGUGAGAGGAGGAAGGAAGCGGCGGCUCGGCGGGCACAGCAGCUCAGGCGGCGGCCCGGUUCCUGGGAGUGUCGGUGCGGCGUGGUGGUUGGGGCGGAUCCCGCGGGGCCCGGGCGGGGGAAGGAGUCACCGGCCCGGCCAUGGCGGACAACGAGAAACUGGACAACCAACGGCUCAAGAAUUUCAAGAACAAAGGCCGCGACUUGGAGACUAUGAGAAGACAACGAAAUGAAGUUGUAGUUGAAUUAAGGAAGAAUAAAAGAGAUGAACAUCUCUUAAAGAGAAGGAACGUACCACAUGAAGAUAUCUGUGAAGAUUCUGAUAUAGAUGGUGAUUAUAGAGUGCAAAAUACCUCUUUAGAAGCUAUUGUUCAAAAUGCAUCAAGUGAUAACCAAGGAAUUCAAUUAAGUGCAGUUCAAGCUGCUAGGAAGCUUUUGUCCAGUGAUCGAAAUCCACCAAUUGAUGACUUAAUAAAAUCUGGAAUAUUGCCUAUUUUAGUCCAUUGUCUUGAAAGAGAUGACAAUCCUUCUUUACAGUUUGAAGCUGCAUGGGCUUUGACAAACAUUGCAUCUGGAACCUCUGAACAAACUCAAGCAGUAGUUCAGUCUAAUGCUGUGCCACUUUUCCUGAGGCUUCUCCAUUCACCCCAUCAAAAUGUCUGUGAGCAAGCAGUGUGGGCUUUGGGAAAUAUCAUAGGUGAUGGGCCACAGUGUAGAGAUUAUGUCAUAAGUCUUGGAGUUGUGAAACCUUUGCUCUCCUUCAUAAGUCCAUCUAUUCCUAUAACAUUCUUAAGAAAUGUUACUUGGGUUAUGGUCAACUUAUGUCGCCACAAAGACCCACCACCCCCAAUGGAAACCAUUCAGGAGAUUCUUCCAGCUCUUUGUGUUUUAAUUCAUCACACAGAUGUAAAUAUACUGGUAGAUACAGUUUGGGCCCUGUCUUACCUUACUGAUGCUGGCAAUGAACAGAUACAGAUGGUAAUAGACUCUGGAAUAGUCCCUCAUUUGGUUCCUCUGCUCAGCCACCAGGAAGUUAAAGUUCAGACGGCAGCACUUCGAGCUGUGGGCAACAUUGUUACUGGAACUGAUGAGCAAACACAAGUAGUUUUGAAUUGUGAUGCUCUUUCACACUUCCCUGCACUUCUGACACAUCCCAAAGAGAAAAUUAAUAAAGAAGCAGUGUGGUUCCUCUCUAACAUCACCGCAGGAAAUCAGCAGCAGGUUCAGGCAGUAAUUGAUGCCAAUCUUGUACCAAUGAUAAUACACCUCUUGGAUAAG